UAUACAUGAAGGAGAUACUACACUACCGUGACAUAUCAAGGUUUUGCAUGAGAGGGUGACAAACCUGUGUGAUAAGUAGGACUGGGACACGAGGAUGAUGAAGCCAAAAAAAAAAGGUGUGCGUGGAAAAAUGCCGCCGUCCGCUGAUGGGGUAGGUAGUGAAAUGGCGCAGAGAGGUUGGGAGGCCCAAACCUGCGAGCGGCGGCUGUUUCUGUUGGCGGCGUCAGAAGUAGUACCGUGGGAACUGAAGUCGGGGAUGUUGAUGUCGAGGAGUUUGGUGAUGGGCGUUGGUGUCAUGGUGUGGCACGAACACGGCAGAAUGGCGCAGAAGAGCUCAGCAUGGGCGAAGGCGGCAAACUUCGACUUAAGAAUGACCAGGAAAUGUACUUACCGAGCGGUGGUCGAGGUCUUUGCCCUUCAUGUAAUUGAUGGGUUCAGGGACUUGCAUUUCUCACGCCAUUGGGAGCCGAUCUACUUCGGAAUGGUAACAGGUCACCAUAUACUCCUUAAACUGGAACAGGAACGACCUUCCCCCCUUCUGGCUACCUCAUGGCGAGGUGUUCACCAAACAAUGUCAUUGAUGUUCUGAUGACAUUAUUUUCUGACAUACGCCGCAGGAAGUAUAGGCUCACGAUGGCUAAGAGAAACACAAGUCAUGGGUCCGGAUCCAGAGGGCUCGUCCGAAGAUCCCUAAGCAACUUAACAAUGUAAAACACAUUCCUUGUUGUCUCUCAGGCUGACUGACCGUACUUUGCAUAGAAGCAAUUGGUAGCUGAGUUU